GGGGAAUACCUGAGCUUCACCUACCAAUAUGCAGAACUAAUGACUCCAAAAGAAGUAGAAAGCUCUCUCUUCGUGUUGUUCUGGCGAUUUCACUAUCAUCCACUGUUGCAGAUUUCAUAUGCAAGGCUUUUCAAAGCGACCGAAGAGUUCUCUGCAGCAAAUCUGAUCGGUACAGGAGGUUUUGCUUCGGUUUAUAAAGGAGUUCUUGAUGAAAAUGGUUUGACAGUGGCUAUCAAAGUACUAAACCUCCAAAGCCGAGGAGGUUCCAGGAGUUUCAUGGCUGAAUGCGAAGCCUUGAGAAAUAUUCGUCAUCGCAAUCUGGUGAAGGUUAUCACUUCUUGCUCGAGUCUCGAUUUCCAAGGAAAUGAUUUCAAGGCCUUAGUGUACGAUUUCAUGCCAAAUGGGAGUCUUGAGACUUGGUUGCACACAAGCACGACACUAGACCAUUUGCCUCAUGAUCAGUUGCAUCAACUUGAUCUUGUUCAAAGAAUAAGCAUUGCCAAAGAUGUGGCUUGUGCUCUUGAUUAUCUACAUUAUCAUUGUGGAAAUGUUGUCGUUCAUCGUGAUUUGAAGCCAAGCAACAUUUUAUUGGAUGCUGACAUGGUUGCUCAUGUUGGAGAUUUCGGGCUCGCAAAAAUCCUUUACCUUGACGAACUUUCUGAUGCAAACAAUGGUAGCUCAAGUCAUGUCAGAGGAACCAUUGGAUAUGCACCUCCAGAAUACGGAGUCGGAAAUGAAGUCUCGACCAGUGGAGACAUAUAUAGCUACGGGAUACUAUUGUUAGAGAUGUUGACAGGGAAAAAGCCCAUUGAUCCAAUGUUCGUUGAAGGCCUUAGCCUGCAUUCCUAUGCCACAAGUGCCUUGGCUGGUGGUUUUGUGCUUCAGAUUGUGGAUCCAAUGCUUCUACGUGAUGAAGUCAAAGAAAGGUGUUUGAUUUYAUUAGUGGAAAUUGGAGUGAGAUGCUCUUCUGAGUCUCCAAAAGAUCGAAUGGAUAUUGGUACCGUUAUCCAUGAGCUCUUCUCAAACCUCCACCCAUAAAUGUAAAGCUAUAAAUGUG